GGUAAAGUCCGGGGCAAGGGUUACCUUUCAUAUCCAUAUGUUUCGCUUCCGAUUUUGGGGAUUUCGGGUAGAAAUCUACAUCAAACCGGUAGGCGAGAAAGAGGGUUCCUCGACUCAGACUCCUGUCAAGAGAACCAGUGAGAGCCAACCAAAUAUCCCGCCUAAUCCAAAUGCCGAGCCGUAUUAUGUCCAUAAUGUGCAUUUGAUGAUUCUUGAGGAGGAUGAGAUCAAACAUUUCCCUAUGUAUGCCAUGAUUUCAUCAGCAUUGAGAAAAUUUGAGAAUGUUCACAACACCGCUAUAGUGAGAGCCCUCGAGAAAGAGAUUGUGGGCGCUGUUUAAGCUUAUAAUUUGCAGAUACACUCUCGCUUAGUUCAACGUUUUAAACAAAAAGAGGAGGAGUGGAGACGUCGACUCCAUCAAUACGAUCUCGACUUCCAAGAUUCCCUUAUUCUAGAGGCGAAUAUCAGCGAUGAGAUGAAAAAGCUGAAGGAUAAAAAUGCUCGAUUGAGGAAGCGUGAGAAGAUUGAGGUAUCUCCAUGGUUCCUCGAGAAAUUCGAGCUACUUGCCUUGGUCGAGAAACAGAUAGAGGUCCAAACAGAACGUUUCAUAGCUGCAAUUGAUCUCCUAAAGAAGAGAACCAAAGAAGCAGAGUUCUACUCGAAACAAGUCGCUGUUCUACAGAACAUAUUGGCCGACAACAAAAUCCCGCUGCCCAUUUUUGAUGAUCUCGAUCCAGAUAAUGAAGCGAAAGAAAGGACAGCUGCCGAGGAAUAUCUGCUUAGAAUCGACGACCAAGAUUAGGAGAUCGUAGAUCUAAAGGAUAAGUUAAGCCAUUGUGUUAACCAGCUUAGAGCUAUUGGGUACUCUGGGGUUAUUAAGCCAUCCCGAUCCAACCCUAGGGGAAAGAAUCUUAAGAUCUAAAUGUAUAAUGAUGUAAAUUUCUGUCCCCGCACUCAAUGUGAGGGUAAUAUGUUCAUCUCAAGCUUGUAUAAGCGUCGAUUGUAUAAUUAUACUCGAGCAUAAUUUGUGUAGCAUUUAUUGGCUAGAUGUAAAGUACACGGCUCUGUCGAGGAACCAGGUACGGAUCCCUCGAUAAAAUAGUACCGUGAUCUAUGGUGGGUACGAGGAAACAUCCUCGGUUUAUAUGUCCGGAUGUUGAAUACACGACACAAUUGAUGAUGGCCCUAAAGAGGGUGUCCAUCUUGUUGACUA